CGUCAAAACAAUACGUGACGUUUACAAAUUUUUAUGUUCGGUGAUAUCGCAAUAGCUGCUGUUAAUCUGCGAAAAAUUCGCCACGCAGCAUGGGAGAUGCAUCGGUCGCAGAUACCGAAUCUAACAAACCCAGUCCUCAAAGCGAGGCGCCGUCCGAGACGGACCGGGGUCCUUUCGGCGGGCUGGAAUUUCAAGUUUCAGAAGUGGUUGAGAGGUUGGAAGCAGGAGUGAAUGCUCACGAUGCCGGCGAUGACGAGAGACGGAGGGAACCGCGCAAAAUCAGCGCCGGGUUCUUCGAGCCGGAAGAGACUUCUAUGGAUGAGAUUUUGAAGGUUUUAGAGGAGUUGGUAUUGAAGACGGACCCUAGUUGCGAGAGCGCGGAGCCGCCGCUGCUGCCAACGGACGCGGUGACGCGGGCGGCGAUCCUGUCGCACAGCAUCUCGGCGCUGUUCGGGCGGCUGGAGCGCGGGCACGCCGCGCGGCUCGGGGCGCACAUCGCCAGCGAAACGUCGCGGUGGAUGGCGCACAUGUUCAGACUGGCAGACUACAGUGCCUACUACCAUCAAGAGCAGCUGGAAGGGCUGGUGCGAGUAACUCGAAUGCUGCUGCACUGUCGCUACCCACGCUACCUCGAGGAUGGAGCAUUGGCGUUCGCGACGCGCCUCCCAUGCAUAUACAGCUGCGUGGCGUCUCCUCUAGGCGUCGUACAACAUUUGUGCAGACAGCUCGGUUUGCCAUUAGCCUGCGUGCGGCCUGUACCCCAGCACCCGCGCGGACGUGGCAUGGACGUAUCUGCUCUUGAACGACUCUGCGAAGAAGACUUAGCGGCCGAACGCACACCGCUCCUAGCACUAGGAGCCGCCGGGGCAGCCCCCCUAGGAGGAGGAGAUGACCUCGUAGCCUUGGCAGAUGCGUGCCACCGCCGGGGGCUACAUCUGCACCUGCGUGGGCAUAGCCUUGCGCUGCCCGCGGCGUUGCCCAGAGACGAAAGUUAUAGUAUAGCUGACUCCGUCACACUCACGCCGGGACCUUGGUUCGGCGUUCCCGGCCUCCCUACUGUCACAUUUUACAAAAUUCCAGAGCCUAUGACGGCAAACGAUCAUUCCAAAGGUGUCAAUCCGGCGGGCAGCCGCGAGGGCGCGCUGGCCGCGCUCGGCGGCUUGACGGGCGGCGCGGGGCGGGGGGGCGGCGCGGGCGCGCUGCCGCUGUGGGCCGCGCUGCGCGCCGCCGGCGCCCGCGGACUCACCAAGAGGCUGGCGGGGGCCUUCCGGAACGCGAGGACGGCGAGAGCUAUUGUGGCGGAGGCGGGACUAAAGAUUCUGAGCGCAGAACCCGGCGGCGAUGAACCACCAACCGUAGAUCUAGUUGAGGCAAUAUCUCGGGCAUCGGCAUGCGUUACAUUUCAGUUUGCCCCCGAAGACUCGGAAAAGCCGCCGCCAUAUUACGACAAACUCAACUCGUGGCUCGGACAAGUGCUGCAGCGGGAGGCAGAUAUGAUCAGCAUAGAAGUGUGCGAGACAGAGAGCCACGGCGUGGUGCUGCGCUACUGCCCGCUGGAGGGCGCCGCCACGGGCGCGCUGGACGCGCUGCCGGCCGUGCUCGACGCGCAGGUCCACGUGCUCAGGGCCACGGCUACGCUGAGGGAACCUUUCUUACAGCACGUGGCGGCGCUGCCAUGCCUGGUGGCGGCGCACGUGCCGGGCUGGGCGGGGCUGGGCGGCGUGCGCUACGUGCCGGCCGGCUGGCAGGACGCCGCGCCCGAGCGACAGGACGCGCUCAACAGGCAACUAGUGGAGGCCCUGCGAGCGACGGACGGCGCCUUCAGCUGCGGCGAGGCCGCGGACGGGCGCGCCUGCGUGCGCUUCGGGAUGGUGACCGCCGACACCGACGUGCAGGAGCUGCUGGAGCUGGUGCUGCUGGCCGGCAAGGACGUCGAGGACUCCUCGAGGGAGCUCACCGACAUGACCGAGGUGCUAAAGAAGGGUAUCGAAGAGGCGGUGGCGGACCUGGAGCGCGAGAACGCUCACCGGCUGUGGCAGGAGGGGCUACUGCGCCGCGUGCCCGUGGUGGGCCGCGUCGUGGACUGGUGGGCGCCGGCCGCCGUGCCGCCGCCGCCCGGCCGCCGCCUGCACCUGCAGCACGGCACGCUGCAGCCCACCAGCGACAUCUACAGGUGGGUCGCUGUUACACCCGUACAGGAGGGGCUGCUGCGCCGCGUGCCCGUGGUGGGCCGCGUCGUGGACUGGUGGGCGCCGGCCGCCGUGCCGCCGCCGCCCGGCCGCCGCCUGCACCUGCAGCACGGCACGCUGCAGCCCACCAGCGACAUCUACAGGUGGGUCGCUGUUACACCCGUACAGGAGGGGCUGCUGCGCCGCGUGCCCGUGGUGGGCCGCGUCGUGGACUGGUGGGCGCCGGCCGCCGUGCCGCCGCCGCCCGGCCGCCGCCUGCACCUGCAGCACGGCACGCUGCAGCCCACCAGCGACAUCUACAGGUGGGUCGCUGUUACACCCGUACAGGAGGGGCUGCUGCGCCGCGUGCCCGUGGUGGGCCGCGUCGUGGACUGGUGGGCGCCGGCCGCCGUGCCGCCGCCGCCCGGCCGCCGCCUGCACCUGCAGCACGGCACGCUGCAGCCCACCAGCGACAUCUACAGGUGGGUCGCUGUUACACCCGUACAGGAGGGGCUGCUGCGCCGCGUGCCCGUGGUGGGCCGCGUCGUGGACUGGUGGGCGCCGGCCGCCGUGCCGCCGCCGCCCGGCCGCCGCCUGCACCUGCAGCACGGCACGCUGCAGCCCACCAGCGACAUCUACAGGUGGGUCGCUGUUACACCCGUACAGGAGGGGCUGCUGCGCCGCGUGCCCGUGGUGGGCCGCGUCGUGGACUGGUGGGCGCCGGCCGCCGUGCCGCCGCCGCCCGGCCGCCGCCUGCACCUGCAGCACGGCACGCUGCAGCCCACCAGCGACAUCUACAGGUGGGUCGCUGUUACACCCGUACAGGAGGGGCUGCUGCGCCGCGUGCCCGUGGUGGGCCGCGUCGUGGACUGGUGGGCGCCGGCCGCCGUGCCGCCGCCGCCCGGCCGCCGCCUGCACCUGCAGCACGGCACGCUGCAGCCCACCAGCGACAUCUACAGGUGGGUCGCUGUUACACCCGUACAGGAGGGGCUGCUGCGCCGCGUGCCCGUGGUGGGCCGCGUCGUGGACUGGUGGGCGCCGGCCGCCGUGCCGCCGCCGCCCGGCCGCCGCCUGCACCUGCAGCACGGCACGCUGCAGCCCACCAGCGACAUCUACAGGUGGGUCGCUGUUACACCCGUACAGGAGGGGCUGCUGCGCCGCGUGCCCGUGGUGGGCCGCGUCGUGGACUGGUGGGCGCCGGCCGCCGUGCCGCCGCCGCCCGGCCGCCGCCUGCACCUGCAGCACGGCACGCUGCAGCCCACCAGCGACAUCUACAGGUGGGUCGCUGUUACACCCGUACAGGAGGGGCUGCUGCGCCGCGUGCCCGUGGUGGGCCGCGUCGUGGACUGGUGGGCGCCGGCCGCCGUGCCGCCGCCGCCCGGCCGCCGCCUGCACCUGCAGCACGGCACGCUGCAGCCCACCAGCGACAUCUACAGGUACGUCCAAAAGAAGGCGGAGUCGGAACCGGCGCGCGCACAUUCACCGGCCAGACAACCGGCUACCGACCAGUAGGCAAGUUGGCACACGUUGCUGAUGUUGACACGUGGCACACGACACGUUGCCAACGUUGGCACACUCGCCGCCCACCGUUGACAGGCUCGCCAUGUAAAUCGGCUCGCGAUCUGACCAUUAAGCCGCAUUUAGACUGAUCAAGAACUUGCAUGCGAUUUUCGUUACAUUACGGUGUUUGGUCGAUCGACUGAAGUCAUUGUACUCUGUAGUUAGCAAUGAAUCGAAUAUUGUAUGCUUGCUCUCGCGCCGUAUAAAUGGUGUUUGAGUGUUCAGAAGAAGUGGAAGAAAUUGUUAACAAAUCCAUUUAUCUUUUUAUUUCCAUAGCACCUGCUUUUUGCUUAUUACUAUGUAUAUACACUUGAGGUUACGUCUAGGUAGCUUCAAUUUACAACUAAAUGUUUUAGCCGCCUACAGAUAAAGAAUAACUAAGACAAAAGCAAUUUUGAUUUGUAAAAAUAAAUAAUCAAUAUACAAUGAAAUGGGAGGCCUUUUUAUUAGUCUCCGGGCGGCUAGAAGAUUUGUCAAAUAGUAUAAAAUUGUUUACUUUUUCCUCCAUUUCUCUUGAACACUAUUUUUAGGCUUCACAACGCGACACGCGACAGUUUAGGAUAAAAUAUAACAAUCGGUCCGAUUGUAAAUCUUUAUUCAUUAUAUUUAAUUUUAUAGCUAUAAAUGAAUUGCUCCGUCGGUCGACCGACGACCAAAGAUUGUCGCGAUAAUUUUUCAACAAAAAUGUAAUAUUCCGCCAAUUUUUAAGCAAUAAUUUUAUAGUACGAAUUGAAUAGGCAACCAAUUCAAAGCCCAGUGGCAUUACUUAAAGUAUUAUUUAAUUUGAAUGAAAUUAAGUGGCAACGUGAUUCAUUAUUUAUAGUGGAAUCUUAAAGAUGUCAAGCACUGGAGUUACCUGGUCAAUGCCUUAAUUUUAACUUUAAUUGCUUUACCUAAUUGUUCAACUAUUUUGACUUUUAACGUCGUGAUUUGGCAUUUUUGUGGUAAAACCGUUUGUAGGUAAUUGCGAAAUUCUUGUUGUUUACAUCGAUCGGUGACAUUCGAUCAUGUUUGUUGUCAAACAGUCUCCUUACCCGAUAAAUUAGUACCACUGAAAAUACGCACCAUGGCGAAGGCCGAAUCAUGUUAUGGUAUAAAACAAUUCAUGACAUACAAACAGUGGAGGCUUAUAAUAUAAGUUACUUACUUACUUACUCCGUUGGCUCAGCGACCCAAAAUGAGACUUGGCCUCCGACACAAGACAGCGCCACUUUUCUCGGUCCUGUGCGACCUCUCGCCAAUUGUUGACUCGAAGUUCGCGCAGGUCCGCCUCCACCAUUAAGGGGGGGUUCCUCUCCUUCCACCUUACUCAGGUCCUCUCGGGGCAUGGUUGCUUCGGGAGAUACCUGUGUAGGAGGGCGGGACGGGAACCAACUAUGCAAUGCCACGACUGCGGCAAUGCCGAAGACACGGCGCUACACACGCUGGCCAUUUGCCCAGCGUGGGCUGAUGAGAGGGCCGCACUCGUGGCCGUAGUGGGGACAGACUUGUCCUUGCCAGCGGUGGUAAAAGCCAUGCUUGGUGGGGAGAGUCGAUGGAAGGCGGUGGCCUCCUUCUGCGAGGACGUGAUGGUGCAGAAGGAGGCAGCGGAGCGUAGCAGAGAGGAAGAUCCAGCCUCUCAGCCAAUGCGCCGCAAGCGCGUGGGGUGGCGGCGGUUGGCAUACGACCGCCGGUUACCCCCAUAAGGGCACUUGUGGGCGGCAGGCUCGGGGACGUCUGUCGCCCACACAAAGGUCCCUGCGUGGGCGGGCGCGAUGUGUAAUCAACGCGCCCACUGAGGUGAAGGGGUGAUUUCCCCUAGAGUCGGGUCCGAGUCCGGACGGUCGCUGGCGAGGUUGCGGAAGAGUACUUCGGCGUUCCUGGGACCUCGCCAUAUAGCAGCGAGGCGGCAACAGAGGGGUUUUAGUGGGUAACCCUGGGGUCUCAUUAGCCCACAACAGGGAGUCCCACAUAACCAUCCCGGCCCGACCCCGCGCCGGGUGGUAUGCGUAAAGCAUUUGCCCUCUUAGAAAAAAAAAAAAAAAAGGUCCGCCUCCACCAUGUCGCACCAGCGAUAUCUGGGGCGUCCGACAGGACGUCUUCCUGCUGGACGGCCCAGGUAUGCUCUUAGGUACGUUCUUAUAAUAUAAGUUAACCAUCUAAAAUACGUAAACAAGGUGCUUGAGUGUCGCAGCUCUUAAACGUGUAAAGUUAAGGUACUGGCCACGUGCCUCCUACUGUGGUUAACGAGUACAUUAUAUUAAUAAUUAUGAUUGUAUCCUUGACCGCACCUAUGUCUAUUAAUAAUAAUGGUGAGACUAAAUUAUUAUGUGUACAAAUUUAUGUUAUCAAUAACCUGUAUAAAAUAAAUAAUAUGAACAU